CAUGCUGCUACCAUUGCAUCCACAUCCCACACGGCAAUGGCCGCCUCGACGUUCAGGCUGCGGCGUCCAGGCGUAGAGAUCAGGCGCAGUGUCUCUUCACAGGUAUCCUCGGGCCUGAUACCGUCCUACCAGUCUGAAUCUGCACUGCAGCCAUCGCCGCCCAGCGACGUCUCCUCCCUCGAUGCUGCACCAUUGCCGAUCUUGCCCUCCUCUAUCGCCUCUUCAUCCGCAUCGACACUGGAUGAUCUUCCCCUAGAUGCUACCUCGACAUCCUGUACUCCAAGCGCAGGUACCUCGCGGCCCUCACAUACCUGCCCACACUGCGCAAAGGCCUUCUCCCGCCCGGCAAAGCUGCAAGAUCACCUUCUCAUCCACACCGACUCGCGGCCGCACGCUUGCUCUCAUGCAGACUGCAACGCCGCAUACCGCACAAGAUCGAAGCUGUUGGAGCACGAGAGGAAAGCGCACCUCGAUGCUGACCAGCAGGAGCAAGAAAAGAAGUUCCUCUGCACUCACAUCCUCGAGAGCGGGCAGGCGUGCGGCCGAAGAUUCUGGACCAACCAGCAUCUGCUGCGCCAUGUAGAGGGCGUACAUGAUGCCGGCGCCACCGAUAUAGAGCGGGAAGAAGGCGAUAAUGAGGACGAUGACAACAGAAGAUCUGGACAGUACGGAUGUACUGAGCCUGGGUGCACACAAGCAUUCAGCAAGAGGAAGAGACUACGUAGACACGUCUGGGAGGCCCACACCGACCAUGCCGACGAGGAUGACACUGCGACUGCAGAGGCAGAGGCAGCGCAAGAGGAGGAUAAGCGGGCGGGCACACCAGCCGCUCUACGAAACAAGCUACCCUUCCCGUGUUCUUUCCCGGACUGCACGAAGCGCUUCCCUACCAACUCGAAGCGUAAAUCCCACUUCAAGACGCAUGCCGAAGACCGGUACACCUGCGCCCUUCCACACCCAACCUCUUCCGAAGCGCUUGCACCUACACCUGCACCUUCAAGGAGUACUCCUGAGCUCCUCACGUUCCCAACCUGGUCGGCUCUGCAGAGCCACAUGCGGGAAGCGCAUCCACCUGCCUGCCACUACGCCGCUUGCAAUGGCAAGGUCUUUAAGAAUCGGGAGAAUCUCAAGAUGCACUUGAGGCGGCAUGAGGAGAAAGAGCACGAAGAGAAGCAAAGGGAGAAGGACAGGGGGAGAAAUGCAGAAGUUCAGGAGUCGGGGCAGGGACAACACUGGUGUGAAGCUUCGAGUGAUGAGGAAGAUGACGUCGGCGCUGGCGUCGCAAAGGCUUCCAGGUCGCUGCGCGUCUUCCACUGUACCUGGCGGCCAGAAGCCCGGGUUGCCAACGGACACUCUCAGCCUGGCUCAGCCAUCUCGGAGUCAACCUCGUCCGGUACACCCUGCUCCAAGUCCUUCAAGUCCUCGCACUCCCUCCAGACACACAUCCGUGUCGCCCACCUGAAGGAUCGUCCCUUCAAGUGUCUUUGCGGGAAGGCCUAUGGACACAAGCACCUUCUCAAAAGACAUGAAGUCAAGUGCGCUGCGGUGCUCGCUCGAGAAGAGAAGCAGGAUGGCGACGAGGAAGAGACGCACGAGAAAGGGGCAGGGGCAAGUGGAGUAGCACGAGGCGACGAGGCAUCAGCGCCAAGCGAACUCGAUGAAGACGAAGAAGACGACGUCUUUCGCCAGGGGGGAGGUGCUCUUCCUGAACAAUAUCGCGAGACGGUCUUUGCUGCCGGGCGACGCCUGCUGCCUGGGUCUGCUCGUAGUACUCGCACAAGCACAAGCACAAGCACGAUGAUCGCCUCCCGUAGGGUAAAGAGAAAGCUUGGAGAGGUGUUCCCCGGCACUGCCGCUACCGCUACCUCUGUCGGUGCGUCAGGUGACGACGAGCAAGGCAGUGAGAGUCUCAUCGACCUCCUCACCGGUCGCGGCUACGCCACCAACCCCGCCACCACCAUCCCUUCGUCCUCCGACGUUCCACCUUCUUCCCUCACACCUACAUCCACACCACAAACACGUCGUAAACGCCCACGUGCUCUGCCUUGCCCUUGGUCUCGCUUGCCCUUGAGCACACGCACGACUUCGAAUUCGGACUCAAAUCCAGCCUCUAUCUCUGCGCCCUCUGCACCUUCAACCUCUGUCCCCUCGACGACCUCCGUAGCCGCAAGUACGGAUGCAAGUACGAUCACGGACCCUCAAGCCUGUCCCUUCCGCUUCGCCCGUCUGUACGACGUGACUCGUCACCUGCGCGGAGCACACGGGGUGGAGUUGAGUCAGGGAGAGGUGAGGAGGUUGUUUGAAGAGGAGGAACUGCAGGGAUUGCCGGCGCCGAGGGGGAGUGGGAAGGGGAGGGGGAAGAGGAUAAGAAGAGAGGAGGAAGAGGAGGUAUUGGAGUUGGAGGAGGAAGAGGGGGAGGAAGAGGGAGAGUAGUGCUUGCUUCGUCUUCUUAUCAUACCCUGUUCAUAUCCAUAUUUACAUCUAGAUCUAUAGAAUUACCUCUGUUUUGC